AGAAGUUCCAUCAGUCGACUACACGCCGCCGUAGAGCUCGUGCAGGCCCCGUGUUGCUACUGACCCAUUUUAACUUUUCAAAGUUUUGUUAUCGGCUUUUUACAUUACGUUAUUUUAUUUUAUUCAUCACAAAAAGCCAAGUCGUGACUUGUUGCAGACCAUUUCGAACACCGAGUGCUUUCUGAAUUUUUAAUCUCAAUCGAGGCAACCCUAAAAGAAAUUCGAGCCGACAUUUUAUCUAAGUGAAUUGUCUCUGCAUCUCGUCUUGUCGUAACAAGUUGAACAUCUUCAAAUACUUUCCAGUGUUAUUCGAGUCAGAAACAUUUGUCUGUCCCUCGUUCAGUGACCAUUAGAGUCAGACAAGAAGACGGGAGACAUUUUGCUUUUCAUAAUUACAUAGUAAGCAACGAAAAGGAGAGAAGAAGAAGAAAACAAUCCUCCACCCCCCCAAAAAAAUUACUUAGUGUCUUUUUUGCGUGUCUGUGCUUCGUGUCGGUUGUGUCUUUUGUGCCUACACCGCGUGGCGUAUAUAUCGACAGUGUUUUUGUUUUCCAGCCUAGAGUGUGUUCUGUAUCUAGUGUUGUCUAUACGUGAUUGCCGAAAAAAAAAAAGAAGAAACUACCACAGUUUUCGACCCUUCCCAGUCGGGCUUGAUAUAAUCACCCCCAAAAAAGUAAGAAACAAACUCAUCGUUGCGUUGUUUUUUUUUUUUUUUGCUUCGGAAACAACUUUGCUUCCAAAACCCCCCUCCCCUCUGGACGAUAAAUAAUUAGAUUCUGCAAGAUAUUUAUUUUUUAUUUUCAAUUUAUUUAUUGAAACGGAAGAAUGAGGGCGGAUGCACCAACUUCGAGGUGGGGGUUCCGGUGGUUCUCCGUUACGAUCCAGCUGCUUUUGUUGGUCUUCCUGGCCGGUCACACUGAAUGCUGGAGACCGGCCAACAACCCGGCGGCCGGGCCGACUUCUACUAACAUCCCCAACGCCGGAUGGAUGCACCGGAUGCGGCUGGACGCCAACUACGACGUGUACUGGUCCAUCAACGAGAGUGAGGUCACAUUCGAGGUGCAGGUGCGCACCCUCGGCUACCUGGUAUUCGGCCUAUCACCGAGCGGACACUUCCACGACGCUGAUCUCAUCGUCGGCUGGGUCCACAAUGGACGCCCUCGAUUCCAGGAUCGGCACGGAUUGGCCAACGGCGGGAGUUCGCUGGAUCCCCAACAGGAUUACGACUUGAUCGGCGCUCACGAGAACGAAACACACACCGUCAUGCGAUUUAGACGCAAGCUCGUUACCUGCGACGACAAGGAUCUCAACAUCACCGUGUCGACAUCUUGGAUGAUGUACGCCUAUUCGGCCAGUGAUCCGCUGUCGGAUGCUGACAUAUCUUUUUCCAACAACCCACACGGAUCUAAGCCCGUCUACCUGAUGCAUCGCUCGCAAUUCGCCGACGACGAGCUACCGGCUGACGUCAAAGUCUGGGAUUUGAGGAACUACCAGGUCUCCGUUCCGGAGAAUGAGGAUACGCUGCACUGGUGUCGCAUCUUUAAAUUACCGCCCCUCGAUCGUAAACAUCACAUGAUUCGGUACGAACCCGUGUUCACGGCAGGCAGCCAACCCUUUGUUCAUCACAUGAACGUGUACGAAUGCGUGGGAGAUCCGAGCGUCUUCGAAGUGCUGGCCGCCACGGAGGGAUCACGAUGCUAUCAGCCUUCAAUGCCGCCUUUGUUUUUCAACUGCAACAACGUCGUAGUUGCCUGGACAGCCGGUUCGGAGGGUUUCACGUUCCCAUCAGAGGCUGGCUAUCCAAUGAACCGGGCCGGCGGCGCUAAGUUUUUCAUGCUCGAGACACACUACGACAACCCAAACCUUCAGAGCGGCAUCGUCGAUCACUCGGGUCUUCGACUCUUCUACACGUCCCAACUCAGACAUCACGACGCGGGCGUGUUGAGCGUCGGCAUCGAUCCCAAUUGGAAGCACAUCGUCCCGCCCGGGCAGCGUCGGGUCGUCUCGGAGGCGCACUGCGUGGCAGACUGCACUCAACAGGCCCUGCCCUCCCGCGGCAUCAACGUCUUCGCCGUCAACCAACACACUCACCUUCUCGGUCGUCAGGUGCAAUUGCGACACAUACGCGGCGAUAAGGAGCUGCCGGCGCUGGUUGACGACGCCAAUUACGACGUUCACUACCAAGAAUAUCGACAGUUCCAGAAGCCGGUCAACGUUCUACCGGGCGACCAUUUGAUCAGUCAAUGCACGUACAAUUCCGAGUCUCGGAGUACCAUCACUUUGGGCGGAUUGUCGACACGAGAGGAGACCUGCCUCGCCUAUCUGCUCUACUGGCCCCGUGUCGACCUCUCCCUCUGCUACAGUCUGCCCUCAUUGGCCACUAUAUUGCACUCGCUCGGCAUCCAGGAAUUGCACCCCGGAUCGGAUCCUGUGAGGAUUAAAUCGCCGCCAGAAUUGGCCGACCAGACGGUCGAAGAGAGGCUCAUCACUUUCGAUUGGGAUAAAAAUUUUCACACGUUCCAGGAAGCCACUAGGCGUGGAGCAUUCCGCCCACUUUGCUGGGGUAAAACUCAGGCUCUUAUCGACGGAUCGACAGCGCCUGACUAUUAUGCACCGAACGCCACUCAACCCUUGCCGGAAGCCGAUCCGGCAGUAUGUGCUCCUCGUGGAACGCUUCCUCCGCGACCGGCCACAGUGGCCAAAACGCCGCACAGGAAGAACGUCAACGGCGGAGCAGCUGGCCAGUCGGGCUCAGUCCAGCGGAAUCGAACAGUCACAACGACCAACGCGCCGGCCACAGUUCCAGCCAUGACAACAACAACAACAGACAACAACAACGAGCAGCCGCGUGGCAUCAAUCACGGCUGGCCGGCCUUCAUUAUCGCCGGACAGUAACGGUCAAGUGAAUAACGGCCAAGUGGCCUCUGUUUGGGGUCAGGGCGCGUCGUUGAACCACGAGAAACUUGGGCCGGCCCCUUCGUCGGUGGUGAUUGAGACGCCGUUGAACGACGUCAUUCAUUUGCACAACCACACGGCAGCCACCCAGGAGACGACGGCCAGUCAGGAGCUGAGCAGUCGUCGCGCUUCAGUCAUGCACAAUUCGUCCGAGUCGACAGCCCCCCGACUCGCCAGCUCCUUCACCAUCAUCCUAAUUGCCUUGUCUUGUACAUACAACAGCGUCUGGGCCAGCGGCAGCUGUUCCAGCAGCAGAAGCUUAUAAACGUGGCCCUCUGCUUGCUUAUGGUAUUGCCACUGCUAUUCAAACUAACUACUCUUACUUGUAUAGAAGAGAACGGACGUCCCUGCGUUUAGUUGAGGAGGGAGAGGUUCAAAAAAGACGGCCGAAAGGGAAAAGCUGGACCCUGUGUCGGUUUGUCAUGUCUUUUGUAUUGUGCCCUCUGUAUGUGUGUGUGUGUGUGUGUGUGUGUAGACGGUGUAUAUGUUUGCAGCGCUUGGCUAUUUAUUCAUCGUUACGGGAAGGCAAAAAGCAAAUAGCGGCCAAGAAUGAAGGCCAGCUACCAAUAAGUCUGAAGCCAACGAGUGGCUGGCAAAGUUGACAAAAGGAAGAAAAUCAUAGAGCACGCAAACACAAAGAAGGGACACGCAGACAUACACGUCACAAGAGUUAUAUCUAAUCAUACACGUACAUAAAUGUAACAACAAACUUCCCAAACUAUCCCUCCUCCCCCUUUUUUUUUUUUCCAUACGUUAUUCUUCCACUCCCUGCCACCCUCCCCUCACUCCUCUUGCCUUCCUUGUCGUCCCCAGUUUGAUUGUGUUGGACGGCCGCGUGUAAACCCCCGACCACGCCCACCCCGCAUCUCUCGUGUUCUGUGUCCCCACUCGGCGUUCGACAUUCAAAAAAAAAAAAAAGAAGAGAAGAAGUGACCAUAGUACUAUAAUAAAAAAUAAAUAAAUAAAAAGUAAAAUGCCAAGUGCCAUACUGUUCAUAUUUGUAUAUACAUGGAAAGAGAGAAAGCCUCGUAUGAGAGACACGUAAUGAUGCACCGUUGGCUCCCUUUUUUUUUUUUUUUUUUUUUGGAUUGAUUUUUGAUCAUUCUAAUAAUAACUACUAGCUCUUGGCUCUUGAUUGGCGUGUUCCUUUUUUAUAUUAGACCCUCCCCUCCACUGAAAAGAAGAAAAAAAAAUAUUAUCCCCCCCCCCGUGGAAAAAUCUCGACACUGUUAUACUUUGAAAAUGUCAAUAGUUAUUGUAUUGACUGUCACA